AUGCUGCGCCGAAUAUGGGGCUUCCUGUUGCCCACAGUGGCUGGCCAGGAAGACGAAUCCGACCGCUUUUUUGAAGAGCUCUUCCGGAAGCUGGACCACCGCGAAAACGGCAUGGUGGACGUCACAGAACUGCAGAAAGAACUGGAAGCUAUGGGCCAGGACGAGGAGGUGUUCAGGCCGCACAGAGUGUGGGAGGUUGCAGGACCACUGGAACCAUUAGGAGGAGUGAUUGAUACUUCAGAAAUUAUUGAUGCUCUCGACUUAAUAGAUUUGUUGCUGCUGGUGCAUAUAGCUCUAGUUAAUCAUUUUACCACAGGAAUUGAUAUGGGAGAAAGAUGGACUUUUCAUGAUUUAACUGAUGAAGAGAGAAGCUCUGGCUUGUUCGGGAAGUAUCUGUUGGCUGGAGGCAAAUCUGGUACUUGUGCUCGAACACGCACAGCGCCAUUAGAACGUCUGAAAACCCUAACGCAGGUUUUAGAAGCAAAGAAUGUGAGGAUAAUAAAUGGUUUAAGAGAGAUUGUCAAAGAGGGUGGAGUCAUUUCUUUAUGGAGAGGAAAUUGUGUGAAUGUUCUCAAGAUUGCUCCUGAAACAGCUGUUAAAGUCUGGUCAUAUGAACAGUAUAAGAAGUUUCUUGCUUCUGAAGGAGUCAAAUUAGGAACUUUUGAGCAAUUUGCUUCUGCUUCUUUGGCUGGUGCUACUGCACAAUCUAUUUACCCCUUAGAGGUUUUAAAAACUAAUUUGGCCGUGAGUAGAACUGGACAGUACCCUGGGAUUUUGGAUUGUGCCAGGAAGGUCUGGAAGCUUGAAAGAGUUACCGGCUUUUACAAAGGCUAUGUUCCUAGUCUUCUGGCUGUCAAACUAUAUGUAGGCAUAGAUUUUACUAUUUAUGAGCUUUUGAAGACUUGUUGGCUAAACACUGAUACAGAAGACCCUGGGUUGCUGACUUUGAUGGGCUGUAAUGCCUUCUCUAACUUUUGUGGUCAGUUUUGCAGCUACCCCCUGCACCUAGUGAGAACUCGCAUGCAGGUUCAAGGAGCUCCAGUACAAUGCUAUAAUGAUAAUGGUAAGAGUGGACAUCUUUAUCUCAUUCCUGUUCAGAAGAAAACUAUUCCAAUAUUUUACCAUUGA